AUGAGCGCUUUCAGAUAUUCAAAACCAACUGGGAAUAUGUCGAAAACUUCAAGAAGCUCAGUAAUAAGACCUAUACCGUACGUAGGUCUCAAUGAGUUCUCUGACUUAACCAUGGAAGAAUUCCGGGGGACAUUCCGGGCAACUUAUGGCUGCAGCAUAGAUCCUAUUCCCAACAGUAUCCACUCAAACUCCACCUCCUCAUCUCCUGAUGUCAGCAUCGAGUAUCUUGACUAUGAUACAUGCGAUGAAACAAAGGAUUGGACGAAAGAAGGAUACGCGACCCGCCCUGGUUCAUGCUGGGCAUUUGCGGCCGAAGCAGGAGUGGAAGGGAUUGCACAUAUCAGGAACAGAGAAAACCCAGCUCGACUAUCCUCGCAGCAGCUCGUUGAUUGUGAUGAGAAGUAUAACAGGGCUGCAGAGGCGGUGAACUUCAGCGCUACACACACUGGUGGAGUAUUCAGUGGAGAGUGUGGAACGGAGUUGGGGCACGCUGUGACCAUUGUUGGAAUGGGGAAGACUGAUGACGGCAUUAAGUACUGGAAAUUGAUGAAUUCGUGGGGUGAGAUGUGGGGCGAAGGAGGGUAUAUUAGAAUUCUCAGAGGAACUGGCAAGCCAGAAGGUCAUUGUGGCAUAAAUAUUGAACCUUCUUAUCCCGAUAUUGGUGACCCUUGA